GAACUAUAUAAUGCGCGAAUCCCUCGUAGCUAAGAAACCCUAACUAAAGUCAUAUUAAGCAACGACAAAAGAUUUCUCUCACUCGCGCAUUUAUCAGAAUGUCAGUGUCACAAGCAGCCAGCGUCGCCGAAAAGGCACUUGGCGGCCAUGACGAUAGCGCUAUCACGGCGCAGGAUGUUUCCUCGUAUGAGGAUGGAGGACGACAAGACACUAUGAAGGCCCUUUGCUGGAUGGGCAAGAAUACCGUUCAGGUCCGCGAUGUCCCGCGCCCGACGAUCCGCGAGGCGAAGGAUGUUAUUCUAAAAGUCACUGGAAGUACGGUGUGCGGGAGUGAUUUGCAUUUACUCCAUGGCACCAUUGUCCAGCUCAAUAAGGGCGAUAUCCUGGGCCACGAGUUCUGCGGCAUUGUAGAUGAGGUCGGGUCCGACGUCAAGAAAGUCCGGAAGGGCAAGAGAUAUGUCGCGUCGUUCCAGAUCGCGUGUGGAGAGUGUUUCUUCUGUAAGCAGAAGUUGUCGUCGCAGUGCGAGAGGACGAAUGCGAAUUCUACGCAGAGGGCUAUGUACGGCGGUCAGACAGCGGGCAUGUUCGGCUACUCGCACUUCACAGGUGGUUUCGCGGGCGGUCAGGCCGAGUACGUCCGCGUGCCGCUGGGCGACGUCAAUCUCCUCGAGAUCCCCGAGGACGUGCCCGACGAGAAAGCACUGUAUCUAUCUGAUGUGCUUGCUACAUCCUACAACGCCGUGCAUGAUACCGCCGUGUACCCCGGCGACGAAGUGGCUGUCUUUGGAGCCGGCCCGAUCGGUCAGAUGGCGGGUGUUUUCGCCAUCGGCGCUGGCGCGACAAAGAUUAUCUUCGUCGAUACUGAGCCUCGGUUGUCGUUUGUGAAGGGGAGAUGGCCAACCGAACAUGCGGAUAAGCUUGUCCUUGUCGAUUAUAAGAAGUUGAGCUUUGGUGUUACGAAUAAGGAGACUAUUGUCUCGAAGCUUAAGGAGCUUUGUGGCGGACGUGGGCCGGAUGUCGCUAUUGAGUGUGUUGCUGGAGAAUACGCCAAGGGCUGGAUGCAUUGGCUUGAGAUGAUGGUCGGCGCAGAGACGGACACGAGCGAAAUCAUCAAUGAGAUGAUUGAAGGUGUGCGCAACUUUGGUCGGUGCGGUAUCACGGGUGUUUACGUCGGUUACACCAACCACUUCAACAUCGGCUCCCUAAUGGAACGAGGCAUCCGACUCAUCGGAAACGGACAAGCUCCCGUACACAAGUACUGGGAAGACCUCCUCCAGCAGAUCCGAACGGGCGAACUCAACCCGCUGCAGAUGGUCUCCCAUCGUGUGCGCGUGGACGAUCUGGAUAAGGUCUACUACAAAUUUGAAAAGAAGGAGGAUGCCAUGCAGAAGGUCUUUGUCGAGACCAAGUUCUCGCUGCCUGCGUGUAAGGGGAGCCCAGCGCUGACGACGUACUAAGUAAGCUAUGUACCUACAUACUAUCUGAGAGUGAAUGAAGUAAGUGUAGGUACAUACGCUUUGAUGUGAUGAGAUGAUGAAUUGAGAUGAGAUGAGACGAGACGAGACAAGAGAUGAUGUGAUGAUAUGAGCUUGAUGAUGUCGCUGUACGAGUAGUCUGUUAGUUUAUUUUGUUACCAUGUGUGGAUCAUUGUUGGGAUCUGUAACAAUAUAUUAAGUAUUCACUUUAUCUUGUUUCUUGAUCAAGAUCGUGAGUGUAUUGACGACG